GUUCUUGGGAAGACGUUGAGAAUUAGAGUUAAAUCAGCAACAAAGACAGAUCGUUUGGCUUAAAUGAAGCAGGAAAUCGGGCAGUGUCUGCCAGUCAGAGGAAUCCCGUGGCUUCCUUAAAUGACACGCUGACUUCGCAAUCACAAAACUCUCCACCCAGAUCUAGAGGAGCUCAGUUAAGCGGUGUUCCAUCCCAAGAGUAGCACUUAAGACUGGGAAAAGACGCCGUGGCACAACGUUAGCCUGGGACCUCUUGGGCAUAACUGGAGUGCACUUUGUUGAACACGCGGAAUACAAAAUAACUGUACACAAUUGGUUAAAUUGUGGCACAAGUCAAAUAAUCUGCAUGUGUGUGUAACCACACGUCGGGUUUUGCUUAUCGGUAACGUUAAGUCAUCGCCAACUUCGGAAUUUACUAACUGAACUGUGGACAUUUGUCGGGAAAAGCAAGCACAGCCGAAGUUCUUUUUUAAAGGAAUUUACCACAAUUAUUUGACCAUCGUCGAAUGGACCAACAUCCCAGCACCCGGACCUGCCCCAGCCGCGCAACUGCGUCUUGUGAGGUCGUCCCCAGCGAGCCCUCCAUGAAUUUGCAGAUCCAGUCUACAACCGGUACCCGUUUCGAGCUCUCCCUUCCGCUGGAAGAGACGGUGGAAGGACUGAAACGAAGGCUCUCGCAACGGCUCAGAGUUCCCAAGGAACGACUCGCUCUGCUACACAAGGAAACGCCCUUAAAUUCAGGAAAACUCCAAGACUUUGGAAUCUCUGAUGGGAGCAAGUUAACACUGGUCCCAACAGUGGAAGCAGGAUUAAUGUCCCAAGCGUCUAGACCCGAACAGUCCGUAAUGCAGGCUUUGGAGAGUUUGACAGAAACACAGGUCAGUGACUUCCUGUCUGGGCGGUCUCCGCUGACCCUGGCCUUGCGUGUGGGAGAUCACAUGAUGUUCGUCCAGCUGCAGCUGGCUGCGCAGCAGUCCGGCGGGCAGCAGCUGCACCACCGGCACCUCAUCGCCCGGGGCGGGGCGGGGGCAAGCGCGACGGGGGCGUCCGUGGGGGUGCCCGGGAGCGGCAGCGGGCACGUCCGGGUGCCCCCCCACCUGCACCGCGUCCCGGCUUCCCCCACGGGCUCGCCUGCCUUCCCCGCUGCCGCUGCUGGCACGGCCCAAACCCGUAUGGUGCCCCCCUCCUACCCCGCCCCUUCCACAGCCCAGUCCGUGCCCCCUCCUCGGCCCUCCACGCACCCCUCCGGACUGCCCCGCCCGCAUCACCCCUCCUCUCCGUGCCCCGGCGCCCAGAGCCCCCCGUCUGCCUCUUCCUGCCCGGAGAUUGACUGCCGUACACAGAGCCCCUCUGGCAGCUCCGCCCCCAGCUCUCGGUCCCGCAAACCCGGCGCCGUCAUCGAAAGCUUCGUCAGCCACGCCCCCGGAGUCUUCUCAGGGACUUUCUCAGGCACUUUGCACCCCAACUGCCAGGACAGCAGCGGUCGCCCCAGACGGGACAUCAGCACCAUCCUGCAGAUCCUCAACGACCUCCUGAGCGCCACCCGCCACUACCAGGGCGUGCCCCCGUCCCUCACCCAGCUGCGCUGCCAGACGCGGUGCGGCCCCACCUCGCCCCCGCCCUCCCCGCCCCUCUCCCCGUCGGCCGAGGGCAUCGCCGGCCUGUGCGCCAACGCUACCUCCGUGCCCACGGUGCAGUGCCAGAGCCAGAUCCGCAUGUGCAAGACGACCGGUGACCGCCUGCGGCAGACGGAAAACCGCGCGACACGCUGCAAGGUGGAGCGUCUGCAGCUGCUGAUGGAGCAGAAGAGGCUGCGGCGGAAGGCCCGGCGUGACGCCCGCAUGCCCUACCAGUGGCUGCCCAACCGCAAGUCUGGCCGCAGCAACAGCAACAGCAGCCUGUCCAGCGACGGCUCCUCCCUUGACCUGGACUUCGAGGACUCCGUGUGGAAGCCGGACGUCAAGGCCGACAUGACCUCCGAGUUCGUCAUGGCGUAACGGGGGCGCGGGAGAGCGCGGAGCCAUGGACGACAGGGGCGACGAGAGGAAGGAGCGGGAACGGGCCGAAGCCUUUCCGGCACCCGUCUCCGCAAAGCCCAGCACUGACUCUAGCGUUACGCCUCUAUAUGGAAACCGUAAAAUGGUUGAUUGUGUUUGAACUUCGGCGGUGGCCUUGAAAGACUCCAAAACUAAGUAUAAAAAAGACCCAGAAACAUUUACUGACUCUCCAACGUGGAGUAUGGUUCCAGACUUCAGUGCUGUUCUUUUUCUUUUUUUGGUCUGAACCGUGGUGGAUAUCUGAACAGGACUGUAUGUUUAGGCGUUUGUGCUGCAGACAGGGGGGAGAAGCCUCCUCUGGGACAGCCCCUAAACUUUUUAAACGGGCAUUUUAGGUCUCUCAUUCACCAAUCAGAAUUAAGGAAAUUGCUGAAGUUUUUUUUUGUUUGUAUGUUCCUUUUCCUUUUGUAUUUUUUUUGGGAAACAGAUAUGUAGCAAUGUUCACAAAGCAUUCAGGUUUUCCAAAAAUGGACAAAACGUGUUUUUGCACAUUUUUACAUUCUUUUGUUUUUUUUUUUUCCCCCCCAAGACAGCUGGGUUUCAUUGUGGCUUGAGGGGGAAUGAGGAAGUACUAAA